UAUCAAUACUUCGUUCGACCACUUUCUUAUUUCCAGAAGUUAAAUAUACCUGGACCUAAGCCUUCAUUAUUUGUUGGUACUGCAUUUAGCCAAGAAUAUGGUGGACAUCUUGGCCAAAUAAAUUGUAUUAAAAAAUAUGGUAAAGUCUAUGGUGCUUUUCUUGGUGUAAAACCUGUUAUAGUAUUAACAGAUCCAGAAAUGAUUAAAGAGCUUAUGGUAAAACAAUUUAGCAACUUCCCCAACAGAUAUGAUGUCAUACCACCUCCUGCAGCAGUUAACAGAAAUAUUCUGGUUAUCAGAGACGAUGAUUGGAAACGUAUCAGAAAUAUACUUAUACCAACAUUUAGUGCUGCAAAGUUAAGACAAAUUGAACCUAUUAUGAUCGAUGCUUGUGAUACUCUAGUAGAUAAAAUAAUUAAAGGAAAUGGACAAAAUGGAAAAGUCGAUAUGUGGAGAUUAUCUGGCGAAUACAGUAUGGAAGUUAUCAUGGCGGCUGCAUUCGGCGUACAUAUCACUGAUGAUGUUAGAGGGCAAAAAAUCCGACAAGCUGCGGCCACAUUUUUCGGCGGUUCAGGUAUAGCCUUGAUAAUAGCAUCAAUUAUACCUGCAUUAUAUCCUUAUGUAAGCUUUCUAGAAAGAGAAAGAACCGAUGCAGUAAAUCAUAUCGUUCAAGUCGCCAAAGGUGUUAUAGCUGAGAGAAGACGAAAUUUACAAAAUGGUCUAACUAAUCGUCGAGAUUUAUUACAAUUAAUGAUUGAAGCUGCAGAGAAUGGAAAAUUGACUGACGAUGAGAUUGUUAGCCAGUCUUUCAUAUUUUUAUUAGGUGGAUACGAAACAACAGCGAAUGCAAUAGCCUACACAUCUUACCUACUAGCAUGCAAUCCAGAUGUUCAACAACGUUUAAUAGACGAAAUCGACGAGAAAUGUCCUAAGGGUACAACUCCGACUUCAGAGAUAAUUUCCGAGCUUCCUUAUCUAGAUAUGGUUUUCAAUGAAUCGUUACGAAUAUAUCCACCAGCGUUUAUUGUAAAUAGAGUUGCGAAACAUGACGCAGUUAUUGACGGAGUGAAGAUACCCCAAGAUAUGAUGGUGGCAAUUCCAAUAUACGGUAUUCAUCACAAUGAUGAAUUAUGGCCAGAUCCAGAAAAAUUUAUACCAGAACGAUUUACACCCGAAGAGAAAGCUAAACGUCAUUCAUUCGCUCAUAUUCCAUUCGGUAAUGGUCCUAGAAGCUGUGUCGGUAUGAGAUUAGCUGUAACGGAAGCUAAGUUAGCCUUAAUCAAAAUUUUGCAAAAUCUGAUACUUGAACCAGUGAAGGAUACUCAAAUUCCUCUGGUUGUUGAACCGAAAUUAACCUUAGCUCCAUCUAAAGGUGUGAUAAUA